GCUUUUUUUGACACAUUGCCAUAUGCAUUGUUUGGUGUUGGUGAACGAUUGGUUCUAGUAAAAUUUAACCAUUUUCUCCGCAAAAGGCAUAGAACAGUACAUGCGAAAAGUUUUGCUGGAAAGAAUUUGAAAGCGGAAACUUAAAAUACGGAAAGUUACACACACCCCGGCAAAACAUCCCAUAUAAGUUUGUUUAUUCUAGAGUACCGGUAGAUUUUUCACCGGGUCCGUUCCAUGCGGCUAUAGUCGUUGUCAAGAAAAAAAGGUAAACAACAACCGAGAGCCGUCGGCAGGCCGCAGAAACGCACAUCCCGUGUGUGUAUAUGUAUAAAACUGCAGCAGCAUGGCCCGCCUCAUAGCUCAGCUCGCUAAUACGCUUCGAACGAUCGAAAGCUAUCUGUUCGGAGGCAAUGGAUUCCCGCCAGCCGCACUCGCGAUGGUUUGCCAGCCUGCAUAUGCGCCAGAGUACGGUCGAAGUACCUCCAAGGCACUGUCGCUGCGUGAUCUGAUCGGUGACGGUAUGCUUUGGGCAGUGCCGAAACAUCGCCGUACGCUGGAGAAACGCCAAAAGCGAAAGUACGGUUCGCCCGAGUACAAAUUGAAAAUUUUCACACCCAAAAUCCAUCUCCGAUCGUGUGCGACGUGCGGGAGCGACCAUGAAGUGGGUGUGCUUUGCCCGACAUGCUACCAGAAGGUACGCAAAGAAACCGAGCUGAUGCAGGAGAAGAUACAAACCGAGCUUGGACUGGAACCGGUCGACAAGGACGUGGUAGUACUGUACGAUCGCGAGCGCGAUGAGCAGCCGGCCGAGUUCUGGGAGGGCAAACGGAUCGUCGAGAUGGAGAAACCGCGCCCGACAUGGUUUAGCAAAAAUUUGCUACAAAAAUCAACACAGCCGGCAGCACCGGAACCGGAUGAGCUAAAGCCGGGCCAUGAAAAGUUGGGCUAGGCAGGGGACGGAUAGCGAGGAAGGCGAAACCGGUGCGGUAGGGUGUAGUAAUGUCUGGCAGUAAAUUAAUCGUACCUAUUCAAAA